UUCCGUUUCAGAAGGUGGUUAGACAUCGCUCGAGGAAAGUGAUAGAGUAAAGUCAACCCUUGAUUACCAUGUCUCGGUUCGCACACAUUUACCGGUAAUGGGGUUGUAAACAUGCCUCCGCGGUUAUCGGUACGUAGGUUGUUCAUUGGCGUACUGUUCUGGGGAGGCCUGUUGCUGUUCUUCACAUUCUGUUUCGGACGAGUAAUGUGGUCGGCUCAACAAUCAACAAAUAACAAUAAUAAUAAUAAUGCGCCGAUUACUGAAACGCCAUCGCAACCAUCAUCACAGAAUAAAGACGCACAUCAACAGUCGACGUUCAACACAAAAGGAGCGCAACAACAAGUUUAUAGAAAGGUAUCGUCGCAUACACCACCACCAAAACUUAUCAAAGAACCAUUUCCUACCGAAGCUAAUUUAAUACCACAAAGGAAAUUAUGGUUUUUUAAAAACGGAGAUGUUUACCCAAGAAAAUCCGUUGGAUUAUCAACGUUGUUUCCAAAUGAAAGCCCUGGUGAUAGAAUUGUUGAUCAAUUAAUGUAUAUUCCCGAUGACUAUGAAGGUAUUGACACCCCUGAAAAAGUUAUUUUGGUCUACAACGGAGUUAGGCAAUGGAAUAAAGAAACAGGACCAAGAACUUUUGAUGAAUGUCCAGUAAAUAGGUGUUCACUAAUUGAUGACCAAAGCAAAGCAAAAGACGUCGACGCCGUACUUUACAAAGAUCAUUUUGCAUCAACUUGGGCUGAUAGACCUCCACACCAAGUAUGGAUCCUUUACUACCUCGAAUGUCCUUAUCAUACCCAAUACGUUAAAGUAAAGGAUGCCAUUAAUUGGACUGCCACUUAUCGAAGAGAUAGUGAUAUAGUUGCUCCAUAUGAAAGAUGGACUUAUUAUGAUCCAGACGUUCGUCAAAUGCCUCAAAUAAUAGAUUACGCAGCAAAUAAAACGAAAAAAGUGGCUUGGUUCGUAUCUAAUUGUGGCGCAAGAAACGGUAGAUUAGAAUACGCUAGGGAACUGGCGAAAUACAUUCCAGUCGAUAUUUACGGCGGUUGCGGUCCGUUGAAAUGUCCAAGAUCAGAUAAAAAGUGUUUCGAACUUUUAGAUAAAGAAUACAAAUUUUAUUUGGCCUUUGAAAAUUCGAACUGUCGCGAUUACAUAACGGAAAAGUUUUACAUUAACGGUUUAAGCAGAAAUGUUUUACCGAUUGUCAUGGGUGCAAAGCCGGAGGAUUACGAGAGAAGCGCCCCGCAAGGAUCUUACAUACACGUUGAUGAGUUCGCAAAUCCUAAAGAAUUAGCAGCUUAUCUUCACCGAUUGGAUAAAGACGACGAUUUAUACAAUUCAUAUUUUCAAUGGAAAGGAACUGGGGAAUUUGUUAAUACAUACUUUUGGUGUCGAUUAUGCACCAUGCUCCAUGCCCCACACACCACUCAAAGAGUUUACGAAGACGUGGAUGAUUGGUGGAGAGGUCCAGGUGUAUGCACUACAAAAUCUUGGAGGAAUCAACCGUGAUUGAACGCACAUGAUUAAAAAAAUGAGAUGAAAUAUUCGAGAUUAUUAAAGUUUGCUGGUGGUUAUGAUGAUUUAAGGUGAAUGGAAGUGAUUGUUUGGUGAAGAUUUUGUUUCGUAACCGGAAACGAGAAAGCAAUAUGAACCGGAUCUAAGCAUUAAUUAACUAGUCAAAUUAGCCAAUAAAUAAAGAAUAUUUGUUAUAUAAUUUCCGGUAGUUAACCGGAAUCCCUUUCUGAUAUGUGAUUAUAUUAUAUCAUUUUAAA